AUGGCCCAGCAGUUCUGGGGGUCCUGUCUUUUCUCAUUGUUUAUGGCUACCUUGGCUCAGGAGACUCUGAAUCCUCAAAAAUCGAAGGUGGAUUGCAACAAAGGGGUGUCUGGCACCGUCUAUGAGUAUGGAGCCAACACCUUAGAUGGUGGGGAGUAUAUCCAGUUCCAGCAGUAUGCAGGAAAGCACAUCCUCUUUGUCAAUGUGGCGUCCUUCUGUGGCCUGACAGCUACAUACCCUGAGCUGAACACACUGCAGGAGGAGUUGAUGCCAUUCAAUGUCAGUAUUUUGGGCUUUCCGUGCAACCAGUUUGGAAAACAAGAACCAGGAAAGAACUCAGAGAUCCUCCUUGGACUUAAAUAUGUGCGUCCAGGCGGUGGCUAUGUCCCCAAUUUCCAGCUCUUUGAGAAGGGGGAUGUGAAUGGAGACAAUGAACAAAAGGUUUUUGCUUUCCUAAAGAACUCCUGCCCUCCCACCUCUGAACUUCUCGGCUCUCCAGAAUAUCUCUUCUGGAAUCCCAUGAAGGUCCACGAUAUCCGCUGGAACUUUGAGAAGUUCCUGGUGGGGCCUGAUGGUGUCCCUGUCAUGCGCUGGUUCCACAAGACUCCUGUCAGAAUUGUCCAGUCAGACAUCAUGGAGUACCUAAACCAAACCCGCACCCAGUAG